AUUUUUUUCGAAAUAUGGUUUCUCUCUCCAUAUCCAUUAUUAUUCACACCCACACUCUUCAGCAGCACUUGGUGGAACCUCCUGAUUUGAUUCCAAACUACAAUGUCGAUCAUAUGUGGCUUCCCUCUGCUUGAGUGUGUCUACUGUAUCGCUUGUGCUCGAUGGGCUUGGAAGCGAUGCCUUUAUACUGCAGGCCAUGAUAGUGAGACAUGGGGUGUUGCCGCGGCUGAAGAAUUUGAGCCUGUCCCUAGGCUUUGCCGGUAUAUACUGGCAGUCUAUGAAGAUGAUCUCAGAUGCCCUCUUUGGGAACCUCCUGGUGGAUAUGGGAUUAAUCCAGAUUGGUUGAUCUUGAAGAGAACUUAUGAUGAUACUCAUCCCCAAGCCCCACCAUACUUGUUGUAUCUUGAUCAUGAUCAUGCGGAUAUAGUUCUUGCUAUCAGGGGCCUUAACUUGGCCAACCAGAAAGAUUAUGCAGUUUUGUUGGAUAAUAAGUUGGGUCAGAGGAAAUUUGAUGGUGGGUAUGUCCAUAAUGGAUUGUUAAAAGCAGCUGGAGUCGUAUUAGAUGCAGAAUAUGACACUUUGAAAAAUUUGUUGGAACAGUAUCCAAAUUACACCUUGACCUUUACUGGACACUCACUUGGGUCAGGCAUUGCGGCACUGCUGGCAGUGGUGGUGGUGCAAAAUCGACAUAGGUUGGGGAACAUUGACAGAAAGAGGAUUCGGUGUUAUUCAAUUGCACCUGCAAGGUGCAUGUCACUGAAUUUGGCAGUUAGAUAUGCAGAUAUCAUCAAUUCUGUCGUGCUUCAGGAUGAUUUCUUGCCUCGGACAGCCACACCUUUGGAAGACAUUUUCAAAUCAGUUUUCUGUUUGCCAUGCUUGCUUUGCUUAAGAUGCAUAAAAGACACUUUCACGUCAGAGGAGAAAAAGAUCAAAGAUCCAAGGAGGCUUUAUGCGCCUGGUCGUCUCUAUCACAUUGUUGAGAGGAAACCUUUCAGAUGUGGUAGGUUUCCACCAGUUGUAAAGACAGCAGUCCCUGUAGAUGGGAGAUUUGAGCACAUAGUUCUUUCUUGCAAUGCUAUUUCAGAUCAUGCCAUCAUUUGGAUAGAAAGGGAAGCCAAAAGGGCUUUGGAUUUGAUGUUGGAGAAAGAUCCGCUCAUGGAGAUUCCUACAGAGCAAAAGAUGGAGAGACAACAAAGUUUGGCGAAAGAACACGGAGAAGAGCACGCAGCUGCGCUUAAACGGGCCGUUAAAUUGUCGGUGCCUCAUGCCUUUCUACCGUCUCAGUAUGGCACCUUUCAUGAUUCCGAAGGGGCGUUUUACGUCGGUGAAUCGUCCACGAAACAUACGCCGGGAGUUACCUGGGAUGACUUGAUUGAAAGUUUAUUUGAAAAGGAUGAAUCUGGUCACGUUGUCUUCAAAAAACCACAUUCUAUUGUUUGAUUCAUGUGUUUGUUUAUUCAAAAUAAGAGAAUCGUCCUUUUCGUG